GAUACGCAAGCACAGGGGGUCCAUGGGCUAUUUGAUGAUGUACGUGAACGAAAUCCUCAGGGAAGCAAGUCCUGGAACCCGUUGGGUGUACGAAGAGCAAGCAGCUCCCCUCCCAGAAGUGCCGCGACAGGUGGAGCAGAGCCGGCCAGUGACCGGAAGAUCGACCCGGGCGCCAAUCCUCUCGAGGCGCUGAUGCAGGGAAUGUCACAGUUGCAAGCAGCGAUGGCGUUGCAAAUGGGAAUGGCGGCAAGCCGAGCAGAAGUUAUUAGGCCUGGUGUUAGCGGCUCUGAACUACCGAAGCUUCCUGAACCGGAUGAUCAAGCAGCUAUAAAUGUUGGAGACUGGUUGCAUGGGCUAGCAGGGCCGAUGGGGGACAUCACCGACGGAAGCAGCAGAUGGUGGUCAGAGGUGUUGGUUUCCUUAGAUGCUUUCUACUGUGAUUAUGUUGGAGCAUCGACUGUGAAAAAGGUUCAACUACGUGCCGAGGACUAUGCCACCAAGGAGCUGCGCGACACCAAAUGGAGCAGACUGGACAAGCGGGCAGCAAGCAUGCUGUUACAGGCGGUCCCGGAGGGCUUGAAGAGUGAGCUCAUGGCCAAUAGACUUAGCUCAACCAUAUCUAUCCUGGGACGAAUCUUUACAAUUUAUCGUCCAGGGUCUGCUGCUGAGAGACAACAGGUUCUACGCGCUCUUGAGAGCCACGGAGGGGCCACAUCCCCGGCAGAUUUGGUCGAGGUGCUUCGGCGGUGGAUGCGGUGGUUAAAGCGGGCCCAGGACUUAGGCCUACAGGUUCCGGACGCGAGUAUACUGCUGAAGGGGUUAGACACGGCAAGCAAGCAGCAGAUGGACAGGAACGGUGAGAUCGUCUUCAGGAGUAACAUGCUGCGUUAUAGCUUGGACCUUGAUGCUGCGCCGACCUUACAGAAUGUCCUACGGACCUACGUUGCCCACUGUGAAGAAUGUGAGUACAAAUGGGGAGACGUCAACGACUACCACGCCAAAGGCAAAGGGCAUUUGCGGAAGUUUUGCCCCAUGAAGCAGAACAUCGAUAGGUGGCAGGAGAGAAAGGAGGAUGUUCCUCUUCCUACACCCGAGACAACGACAUCCAGCACACCUGUGCCACCUACCCCUACGGGAACCUCAUCCACUACCGCACACGGCCCAACGACCACCGAAGGACCCGCGUCAACUACGUCGACAACGAGCAACGAGGACCUGCUUCGGAGUGCUACGCAGAUUCUGAAAAUGAUGGCAGAGCAGGGCAAUGUUGCUAUGCCUUCAAUGAAGAUGUUGAAGAAGGCCGUCACGGCCAUGGAAUCUCGCAUGGCACUGGUGGACUCGGGCGCUACACAUCCUCUUCGGCAGGCGACGGACCCCGAGUGGCGAGGCUCCUCCGACGUGGACGUCUUGAUAGCAGGUGACGGUGUGGCCAAGACGCGGCAAACAGAGACGGGGACCCUCCUCACGGAUCCCUUGGCGGGCAAGUCACAGACUAUAUUGCCGGUGGGUGGAUUGGUGUCUAUCUUGAGCUAUGAUGAGCUACAGUGGACCAAGAAGAAGUGCGUUCUACGUGGACCAGAUGGAUGGGAGAUACCACGAAGAACGACAACGGGCUGCCCGGAAAUCGAUGAGACCACUGCCCUGGAGUUGAUUGCCAAGAUUGAGGAGGAGAAACUUCAACAGCUCACCGAGAAAGCAAAGGUCACUCAGAAUGCUUUGAUGAGGGCUUGCAAGGUGGAGAGCUGUGAGCAGUGGCAGUCAAGUAUGAAGGACUACGUGCUCAAGGGCAAGUUUGAGGAUGGGUUUCGGGCUUUCGUGUCAAUGCCGUGGCUGCGUAAUGUUCCAAGAGAGGAUCUGGUCAAGAUUGUUAUGGACCUACCGGGCACCGAAGCGGAAGCUUGGGAGCUGAUGAAGGACCUGGGCUUCAACAGGCGUUACCGAAAGCGUUUGGUGCAUCGAGACUGGGUUGUGAAAUUUUACAGUGGGCGUAAGUUGGAGGCGGACAAGAUCUUUAGACCAAUGACGACCAACACCACUGUUGUCUUGGAUGUGGACCUCCUAAGGAAUUCCCAGAUGGACGUGCUCAAGCAGGGCAAGGGUAUCUUCAUGCUGAUGAUGUGGGGCGCGGCUACAGGGCGCAUUGCGGGGAUCAUGUCCUCAAUACCAAAUGAGAAGUCUGAUGAUCAUCUAGUCCGUAUGAUGGCUCUCGCUGAAACGGCAAGAGAGGGGAGGAGGGCUAUGUGUGAGUUGUCAGAUGUACCCAACGAUGAGGUUGCCAUCUCCAUUUGGGGCUCUUCAGAGGCGGAGGAGGACUUCAGUGCCAAAGCUCUACAGAGGGGGUGGAUGAAGCAUUGGGUUGCCGAGAUUGGUCUACAAAAGCUAUACUUCGAACAAGGAGGACUUGGGCAUCCACUUCGGAGGCCUACCUACAUGGUGACCAACAUGGACAUCACGGAGCUUCGAGGUGUUCGGGAUGAACGGGAACAUGAGUGUUUCAAGGGUUCCAAGGCGAUGUGGGCACCUAUGAUGAUGCAUGUUUUGAACAGAGGUUGGAAAAGGUGGAGGUUGCGACCAGGUUGGUAUCCUCGGAUGGUUAGAGCAUUGAAGGCGGUGGACAGAAAGGCCUGCGAAAGACACCUAGCCAAUGAUCAUGUUCCACAUAGACCUGAUUGCUUGCAGUGUAUUCACAACGCUACGGGCAGACCUCACCGGAGAUGCUUGCACAAGGACUGCUAUGUGAUGAGUGCGGAUACAUUGGGACCAGUUCGGGUACCAGGACCUAAGGGAGAGAGAUACGCGAUUGUAUUUACCUUUCAAUACCCGAAACAGAAGCUAUGUCCGGAAGAUCAACCCAUCGCCGAGGAGGAGCUGGGUGGUUGGGAUUUGGAUGUCAAGUCCAGCAAGGGGGAAGUUUUAGAGGAACCUGUGCAAGAUGAGCUACAAGACCCCUUGGCGGAUGUAGACCUCGAGGAGUAUGCCCCAAGCUUUGCCGAUGAGGAGUUGGAGGAGGAAGAAACCGCAGAGGUUGUGGAAAUGCGUCCAGCACGGGUCAAGGAGAAGGACAAGGAAGAUUGGUGGGAGUUUCGGGAGUCGGCAGGGGUGUUGAUUAGACAUCAUGAAGUACCUCGGAAAGUUCUGUUCCGUCCUACGUCAACCAAUGGCUGCCCACUGCAUACAGCAAAGUUAGAUGAUACCCGUAUCACCGAGGUGAAGUAUGUUGGUGGCGGGGUGGAAACAGAGAUUUCGGAUUGGCAUGGACCAAAGUCUGGUGCGAGGCCGUUGGGAAGCGAGUGGACGGGAACUACAAGGUUUCGUAUAUCCCCUGCUGAAGUACCUGAAGAAGAAGCUGCCCUGCAACAAGAUGAAGAACAGUGGGAAAAGUUGGUUGGGGAUUUGGUGCAACCUGUGGAGUUGGAAACGAUUUACAUGGUGUAUCCGAUAAGGGCAAAGCGCGGCGGAGAUGCUAUGCUUGCUAUUCAGGAGGCGGUGCUGAGGUUGAAGUUAAUGGGUUUUCCUGUGGCACUUGAUCACGAUAUCUACCACACCAGAAGCGAAGCCUUGGUGCCACAAACAAACGGGGCAGCCGAAAGAGGUGUGAGGUGGUUCAAGACCAGAGCCAAGGUCCUCCUCGCGGAGGCGCAGGUGAAUGUGAAGUUCUGGACGUUGGCGAUGCAACAUGCAGCGAAGCGUCGAAUUUAUGAUCGAUUGGGAAUCACCAAACCUCCUCUACUACCAUUCGGAAGCAAGGUGAUGAUCAGGCGAAAGAUUUUUGGAAACAACAAGAAGUACGACCUGACAGACAGAUGGGAGGAGGGAAAGUAUUUGGGGAUCUCGGACACGAUCAAGGGCGGGGCUGUUGUAUUGAGGUCCACUGGAGCGCUAACAGAGACCUUGAAUUUGCGGACGGGGGUUGUUGACCCCAAGGCGCUUCUAAGCACAGGAGGAGGAGAGUGCGAACAUGAGCUUCCGGGAAAUGGUGUUUCCAUUGUUGAUCUACCUGAACCAGAUCACAGGCUUAAAGGGAAGAAUAGUCCGCCGAUGUUGGAGAAGAUGCAGGCAACUGCUACACCCGAGGAUGAGGACUCUCCAAAGAAGGUCGUGGGUGGAUGGACUAUGAGAACCAUGGUACAAAGACAAGAACAAAAGGCCAAGAUCUUCUACGACAUGGGCAAGUUCGACCUCGACUCUUGCGCGGAGGUUUUGGGGGAAAUGGAGUUGGUUGGAACUAUGAGGAACAAGGUGGGUUCAUGGAACUAUGUGAUGGAGAUCGGGGGAAAAUCCCGGGCAGGGUUGUGGGUGGCCAAUGGUUCAGAAACUACGGCGGUUCGUGGCGGUGAACACUGGCAACCACUUGCAAAGGAGUACCCUGAUGGAAGAGUAAUUGAAGGGAACUUGGUGUGCAUCGGAGGAAAGGCGGUGGCUUUCAACCCAAAAAAAUAUCAUGCCUAUAUUGACGAGCUACCUGAACGUUGGAUUGUGGCGGCAUUUACACCCUUGGGAGCCCCUACGUUAUCCUUGUCGACAUCGGCCUAUUUGUCGAAAUGCGGGUUUCCUCUGGAAGGCACCGGUGUACAGCGAGCAACGGUUGAGGGGGACACUACCUCAGAGGGAAAGAGUACUUCAGAUGAUUCUGAGGUUGAAGUGAGCACCUUGGAGCACAAGAUGAGGACGCUACGUUGUGCAUUGGAACAGGAGGAGGUUGAUGUAGAGGGUGCGUUUCCAAGGGUAUUGAAUGAGCAUCUGGAAUGGGGGGAAGCUCUACUUCAAGAAGGCCAGCAACGAGACCUACGGCGAGUUGCUAAGGUAUCUCCUGGUGCGGCGGCGGACUAUGAUGUGGAGCCUAUCCUAGAAGCCUUAUCCGGGCCGCUAGAGGUGGUGCACAAUGUGGGACUACAUGAAGCUCGGCGAAACCUACCAAAAUGGAAGGCCGCUAUUCUCAAGGAAGUCGAAGCCUUGGUGCGCAGCGGAACAGUGAGGCGAUUAUCCCCGGAACAAGCCAGGGAGCUCAAGGCACAGGGCAUGGUGGUCCUACCGGGCAAAGCCGUGUUUACGGCUAAACCCCCCAGCGAGCAGCCCACAGAAGGCCAAGAGAAGUUCCGGCGCAAAUGCCGGAUAGUGGUUUGUGGUAAUUACCUUCCCAGUGACAAGGCCAAUGUCUACGCCUCGGGGACCUCGGCGGACGGACUACGACUUUCGGUGGCGUUUACAGUUAUGAAACGAUGGAGGGCUGCAGCUACAGACAUAUCCAAUGCUUUUACACUGGCGCCUAUGCCUGGAGACAAACUGUUUGGAAUGACGCCCCCUACAAUAGUCAUGGCCGCAGGAGGAGCAGCACCUGGAGAAACGUGGAUCAUAGAGAGGGUCUUAUAUGGCCUGAGGGAGGCCUCUCGUUGGUGGGGGGUCUUCCGUAACGACCGGUUUAUGAAGGCGAAGAUCCAGCUUGGUGAGAAGUUCCUGAUCUUUGAGAGUCUGGAGACAGAGGAGAAUAUAUGGAGGAUUAUGUACGAGGGAGACCCUGAAUUACAGGGGAUCCUUCUUAUUUACAUCGACGACUUAUUGAUCCUCUCGGUUACCGAAAUCAUUGAGACGGUUUACAAGUGGCUGGUGGCUGAGUGGAAGUGUUCAGACCUACAAUGGAUGGAUCAAGAACAUUUACGAUUUCUUGGGGUGGAACUCAGGCCAAUGGGAGAAGGUAUUCAUGUGUCUCAGGCUGGAUACAUACGUGAUCUACUACGACAGCACGCGGUGGAAGAGAAGAAGAUGGCCCUCACGGUUCCGUGCACAAGAGAUUGGUUGCAGGACGAAGACACAGAUGAUGACUUACCACAAGCUGAAGAGGCCGUUAUACGGCUGGCCCAGAAGGCUACGGGGGAAAUAUUGUGGUUAUCGACACGUUCAAGACCGGAACUGGCGCAUCCGGUGGCAUGUAUGGCUGCCAGAGCGACUCGGAAUCCUACGAAAACCUUGGAGAUAGCGAAAAGGGUUUUGAACUACUUUGGGCUGCAUUAUGUCAGAGACGAGGAGGAGUCCAUGCUCACUGUGUAUUCCGACGCCUCGUAUGCGGAGCUCUACGAGGCCGUAUCCGCCGUUCAGCUUGGUUUGGGGGUUGCCUCGCUUCUGUAUGAGCUGGGACAGAGGCAAGAAACAGCGGCACAGAGACUGACCAUCUCUCACGUGCCGGGCGAGUUGCAGAAAGCUGACUUAGGGACUAAAAGUUUCGAUGUGCCCAAGUUCCGGACAUUGUUGGGGUUGUGGAAGAUUGGACCGUAUGGUGAAGGAUUGACUGAUACAGCUGUUAAGGCAAUGCGGAAACUCAGCCACAAGGGGAUCGUCAUGUUCUUGAUGGUUUGCAUGUUGAUGAUCCAGGGAGCGCGGGCAGAUAUUAAGGAGGACAUUCCUAUAGACACCUCGAUGGAGCUCUACGUGGUUGUGGUGUUGGGUGCAGUUUUCUGUGUUGUCCUAUGGGAAGUGCUGAAGAAGAUGAUGACCGGGAUUAAAGCAUGGUGGGUUUCUUGGACAAAGAAACAAAGAAAACUGGAGCGUCUCAGAGAAAGAGCGGAAGCUGCAGUUCGUGAAGAGAUUAAGAAGCAGGCGAGGACAUCGCCUGUUUAUGAUGCGGAGGAGACCUACGCGACAAGGGUGUUCGAAAGG